AUGGCCUGGCCGACUUUCAAAUCGACGCUCCAACUCGAUUUUACCAUCGACAGCAUAGCCCGUGAGCACGAGUUAGGCGAGCUGGCCGUCUUUGCGCUUCUGCACUCUCCUCCAUAUGACAUUGCCCCAGGCAUUCCCCGCGACCGCAAAUACGCAGUUGACACGGCGCUGAGCUGGUACAAAGAUCCUGAGGAAUCCUCAAGACGGGAAAAUGGGGACCAGUCGCUGAAUGCUUACUCGCAAUCUGUCCUCCAGCUAUGUGGACCUACACGUUACCUCGCCUUCUCGAGCGGCGACUCUGGCAAGUCAUAUGGCUACGCAGACCCUGACAUGCACCAAUUUGCGUCGUCGCAACUCGUCAAGGAGCAGCGCCCCGAUGUACGCUUCAUCAACGCUGACAACGCGGUUGGGCCGGCCUUGCUUGCAUCUAUCUCGCCCCAGCAAAUGUUCUACAGCUGCGUCGCUCACGACUUCCAGGACGAACUUCCUCUGCUUGUGGAAAACUCUGUCAUGUGGCGGCUCGAGUGCAAAUCCUUCCUCCAAGAAACAGAUGGCUUGCAAACCCCUAGAGGCGAACUGCUUGCCAUUGACGUAGGCAAGACAGAGGCCAAGGACGAUGUUAUGAGAUCUGGUGGCGAGCCAGUCUCCUUUGAGGAAUUCCAGCAGCGGCUUCGGCACUGGACGUUGCCAGUCGUCGUGAAGCUGACUGGUGGGAUGAGCGGCUCUAACUUCAUCCUGCGCACAGAUGAGGCGCGAGAGGAGUGUGUCAAGGCCUUGGAGGAGCGAUUACAGCAAUAUCGUCGGCCAGAACAUGCGCCAUUCACCGGAGACAAACUUGGAGUUCUCAUCCAGGAGCUCAAAGAUGUAGAGGAGAGCUUCUGUGUGAACUUUUGCGUUCCUCGAAAUGGGGAUGGCUUCAUCCUCGGCGUUGCCGAACAGAUACUGGGUGAAAAUUCCUCGUGGGCGGGGGCACGGAUUGACUAUUCCGGACAGGACUCUCUCAAGCAGCGAUUUCAGCCUCAAAUUCUCCAGCUGGCUACAAAGAUGCGCAAUGAAGGCUUUGUGGGUGUAGCCGGCGUGGACAUCGUCUGCUCUCCUUCUGACGAGACCGGGUGGCUGGUUGAUAUUAACCCCCGCAUCAACGGAAGCUUGAUCCUACCGGCAUGCCAAACUCACUUCACGAGCCUGGGUUACAACUGGGCAACAGUUGCAUGGUUGCCUUUCCCUGGUCCCCCGCGAAUUUUAGCCCAGCAUCUCGCGGAGCUGCAGACAACGAGGGGGAUGGUUUUAAAGGCCUUCUCUGAGAGAGCAGAUGGUAACACCAUCGCCAUGCUUGUCAUAGGGGCAGCGGACGGUGAGGACGUUAUGAAUGCUCCAAUGGAGCUUUUCCCCAAGUUAGGACAACUAGAGGCGGAACGGGUUGCAAAGGAAAAUGGGUCGCAGCAGUGA